CGAGCCACAACAUUUGAGUUUGACAAGUGAGUCAGCUGUGGCUGUAUUGACAGGCGGCGGAGUAGUCCGUCCGAUCUUUUUCGCCGUCUGCCUCGUCCAUAACUUAUUUUCCCGAAAAGAGGUAGAGAAUGAAGGACAGAGGAAAGGCACCAAGGCCUUCAAGAUCUUCAGUUGAUGGUGCUGAGAAACCAAAGCUCAAAGCUUCUUCUACAGCACAGCCAACAAAAUCUGAUCCAUCAAAGUCUUCAUCUUCAGGUGCUUCUAAAAAACCUACAACCUCAAGCUCUAAAUCAUCUACUGUAACCAAGUCUCAGUCAUCUACCCGAACUCCAAAGACUGCUGCCUCCACUUCAUCUUCUAAGACUCGUUCAACAGUUGAACUGAAACCAGAAAAAUCAUCGUCUAAGCCAGAUAUCAGUGGCAGUAAGGAUGAGAGAGCAAAGCGAACUAGUAGUAAGAAAUCCAAUGAAGUACAAGGGUCUAAAGAAGCUGAGAAGAAUGACAAAACAUCCAUCAAAAAAGACAAAGCACCAAGUCGCAGUAGUAGGGAGCCUGGUAAAGGAGACAGAGGCUCCAGCAGAAAAACAGAAAAAGAUUCAUCCACUAGUCAAAACAACAAGCCAUCAAGUCGGGGUAAAGGAGAAAGUAAGGAGAGAUCUGAGAGGAAACCUCCUAGGGAAGACAAAUCCUCAAAAAGUCAAGGAAAAGGCAAGGACCGUGGCAGAGCACCUGAAAGUGAGAAAGGUGAGCGUGCCUCAUCAAACAGACGUGUGGUAGGUGAUGAAAAACCAUCAAGUAAGAGUAGUAAAGACUCAAAUAAAUCAAAGUCAUCUGACAAAUCGGAUACCAAAAAAUCAUCCCGAGAUGAAAGUGAAAAAGUUAAAGAUAGAAACAAGUCAACAAAAGGAGAAAAGAAGGAAAAAUCAAAGGAAGAUAGCUCUCAAAAGAAAACUUCAAGGUCUAGAGAAAAAUCUGCCAAGCGCAACUUAUCUCAAAAAGAAGAGUCUUUAAUAGAAGACAGAGAUUCAGGUGUUGAAGGUCUUGGCAUUCAAGGGUCAGUUAUUGGACAUAGCCCCAAGGGGCAGCUGGAGGCUGAGGUUGUGGAACAUAACCAGAAUAGCCUUGAGACUAUGGAAUCAGGAAUUUCCCUCUCAACUCCCAGAGACUUGAGUGGUGAUGAAGCUGAAGUUGAGGAAUCCAUAUCAUCCAAGAUGGUAGAGGUUGAUGAGGUGCCUGAAGAGGGUCUACAGGAUGAUGAAGAUGAAGCUAUGAUUGACGACAGUGUAUCUCCAGUUGAUUUUCUUGAUGAAACAUUCCCUGCUGAUUUGCAGUAUCAGAACUCUAUGGAUGUACCUGCUUCCCUUGUUUCACACAGUGAUAUAGCUAAUGUUAAUGGUGAUAUAGAAACAGAGGUUAUUGAAGAAACUGAAGAACAACUUGAGGUUGACAACAAUGUUGGGGUGUCUAACGAAAACGGUACCGAAGAACCUGAUGUUGAAGAGGAGUAUUAUGAAGAAGAUUUUGAGGAUUAUGAAUCAGACUUUGAAGAUGAUACGGGUUCUGGCGAUGAAGAUGAAGAAUCAGAGGAAUCUGCAUCAACAGCAGAAGCAUCAUCUUCAGGCUCAGCAUUGCCUUCAUCAGCUGAAGACAGUGAAGAUGAAACUAAAGACCCUGAUUUGGAAGCAGUCCUUCAAGCCAUUGAAAGAGAAAAUAAUUUCACUUACCCUUUGGAACGUGUUUAUACAUUUGAUGACCCCACUCAAGAUGAGCAACCAGUGCCUUCUGGGGAGGAAAAGAAGCAAAGUAUGGUGCAAGAUGCAGCAUCUAAAACAGCAACCAAGGAAAAUCAGAAUACCACUACUCAGAGACCAAAAACAUCUCGCACUUUUGUCAAUUUUGCUGUGGCAAAGAAAAAGCAAGAAGCAGCGCAUAUAAAUUCAAAAAUGAAUAGCCGAGGUCGUAUUUUACUGAGUAUGAUUCAGCUUGAUACAGUCAGUGUAGAUCUACUGACAUUAGCACCAGUAUCAUAUGAAGCCUAUAUAUCCAGCUUUGGACACUCAAACAGACAGCAGGUUACUGUUCAAACAAAUGAAGAUGCUCUGACUGAAGAAAUCCAGACAGAACCUGUAGUAAUGCGUAAUAAAUGGACUCAGAAGCCUGUACACAUUAGUAUUGGGAAAGACAAUGAGUUACCAGGCCCUGAAGAUUAUAUGGGAGUUGGAGGAGAUAUGGGCCCAUUAACUUUUUCAGGAGCAGCAACUGGAAAAUCUAGCACUUCUCGUCUCACUUCUUUCCUUACAUCAGCUUCUCAGGUGAUGUUAGCUCUUUUAGAAGAGGAGUUAGUUUGGGAAACUGCAGAAUCAGACAAAUCCGACUCAUCAGUGACAUCAGAAGGACUAGGAUUUUCACAACCUCCUGUUACUCUGGGACAAAAUGUUCAGUCUCUCUUGGAAGGCCGAACAACACCCUUUGUCAAGUUCUGCCCAAGUGAACCAAACUUAUUACUUUCUGGGCAUGGGCUACAUUCUUUGGGGGAGGAAAAUAUUGAGGACUUUAAAGAUGGUGGACUUUUGUGUGUAUGGUGGGUACAGGAGCCAUCUAGACCACAGCACCUUCUGUCAUGCUGUUCAACUCCCACUGCCGCUUCAUUCAGUCCUGCUAGGCCUUCUCUGAUAAUAGCAGGACUUGAAGAUGGUUCUCUUUCCACUUGGGAUCUAAGAGAAUCACUACAGUUACAUACACUGAAGAUCAACAUUGAUGAAGACCACUGGAGAGUGAGGGUUCCAUCCUACAUUACAGCCUGUGAUGAAAGUGGAGAAGGGGAAGGCAGUCCUAUAGUGGCGAUUCAUACAGUCACAACAGAGGAAGACCAGAUAUCAGAUACCCAUGGGGCUUUUCAAGUCGUAACAUUAACUGCAAAUGGCCGUGUGACGUGGGUUGUAAUGCAUGUUCCAUUAACGAGUGCGAUUGGUGAUAUUAACUUCGGAAGAAAAUCUGCCACAGUUAGAACCAUCAGUAGUAAUGUAGCAGUAUCACCACAUUUGGGUGCUUCGCCUUGGGCUAGAAUUGUAAUAAAUCGUGCUGCUACAAUCAAUGUUGCCAAUACAUUAUAUGGAGAUGAAGCAAUAUCAAAUGAAAUUAUUUGUCAUGAUUUGAAGAUGGAUAUGAAUGAUUCUAGUCAACUAUAUGUUGCAACUGGAAGUGGAGCAAUUGCACAUUGUUCUCGUCAUUCCUCUAGAAUACACCCAAAGGCAUAUUAUCCAGAAUUUGAACCUGGAUGUGAAUCUUUGUGCAUUGCUUUGUGCCCACACGACUAUCGGUACAUGCUGGUUGGAAGCAGUGAUGGUAUGGUCAGGCUUCAUAGCAUAUCUUCAGAGAGGCCCUUAACAACCUGGCAGUCGGCUCCAGAUUGUGCUCCAGUAAAAGGGUUACAGUGGUCACCUGCUCGGCCCUGUGUAUUCUAUGUGCUGGACUCAAUGGCAAGACUCCAUAUAUGGGAUUUAAGUGCAGGUGACAUCUUCCCAAUAUUGACAGUAGAAGCUGGAGGAUUAGUGGGAGGAGCUUUACGUUCGUUUAAUAUUGCUCCUACGCAACCAACAUCUCGUCAUCCUUUGUAUGCGGUAUUUGCAAGUGACGGUGGAGAAAUGGUCCUCAGACAAGUUGGUCCUGAAUUUUCUACUCAUCAUUUGCAAGAUGAUUAUGAUACAGAACUGGAACGGUUUACUUAUUAUGUAAAUAUAAUCUGAAGCUGGUCAAGAAAAGUCUUUAGGUGUGAAUACUUUUGUUGAACUGUUUUGAUGUAACAUAACUUUAUUUAUUGUCUGGUUUUCUUGUUACAUUUCCUGAAUAGACUGAAAACUAAUGGUGCUACUGAAAACCAGAACUAUUUUAUGAUUAGUUUAGAAGCAAUAUACUGUUUGUGUAACUUAUCCUAGUCACUGACAAGUCAUGUACAAAUGGUCUGAAACACAACCAUUGUUGCCUAUCAGCAAUGCUUGCUUGAAGUAUUUUAUGCUCUAAGUAAAGAAUAAAACUAAAUAUUUUUUCUAAUGUGUAAAUUGUGAUGUGCCAUUUUCCCUUUACUGUAAUUAAAAUGUGAAAAUGAGCGAAGUGCACUAUUCUAGUCAUGUGUGAUCUUGUUGUAUACUGUAGAGAUAUUUGCUCUUGAUUUUAGAAGUAAGAAAUUGUGCUGCUGUAGUCUUAUGUUUUUCAGUUACAGGUGGUUAAUUUUUUACUUACAUGUUCUUUUAUUACAAUAUGAGAAAUUAUGGCUAUAAUUUCAGCAGUGAAGUUCUAUACUUUAUUUCACGUCGUUCAACUAGACUGCAAGGCCAGGAUGGAAUUGUUGAGCUUUAAUUAUAGUAAAUUAUGAAUUAAUUUUUUGUAUCUGAUAAUGACAAAGUACCAUGGGAAACAAAUAUCAUGGUUUUUCAUGUGGGAUGAAACAAAUAUCAUGUUUUUUAUGUAGGACUAAGUAUCAACUGUUAAUCUUGUCCGUAUAUGUCAGAAAUGUUCUUGUAUGUGUUUUAUGAUGCUUUCAUCAAUUUGACCCUAGUAAAGAAUGCAAAAUGUAAACUUUUAGGAACUGAAGAAUGUUAAGUCAAUGGUCUGGUUAAAAUAUUUAUUAAUAUGAAUGAUGCAGAAAGCAAAUUAGAUUUAUUAAUAAAAUUACUCUAUUUUCUUUACAUAAAUUGAGAAGCUAAGUAUGUUGGAACAUUACCAUUUUCAGGGCAUGGUUUUCUUAUACAGUAGUACCUCGAGAUACGAAAUUAAUCUGUUCCGAGGCGCCCUUCGUAUCAUGAGGUUUUCGUAUCUUGGACCACAUUUUACAUGUAAAAUGGCUAAUCCGAUCCAAGCCCUCCAAAAACACCCCAGUAAAUUAUAUUUCCAGGCCUACAACACAUAUUCUAGGGUUAUGACGCUGAUCCAAUGGAAGAAAUAUGACUCCAAAAAGGCAAAAUACUGUACAUACUUGAGUAAUAUUCAACUGCAUGUAAUGUUCAACCACAUUUUUUCUGCAUAUAUUAGGACUUUAGCAUAUGUCCCUUAGCAAUAAGCCUAGCCUAUGUUAGCGGUUGCUACUGUAGCCUAGUCUAUGAUUCUGACAUCUAAACCUAAGCUCAAAGCUUAGAAUAUGCCAAAAAAUGUAUAAAUAAUCAGUAUGUACUCAUUUCAAAUAAUUAUUAAUUAAUCAUUAAAUAUAAUACACAAAAAAAAAAAAAAACCUUCCAAUCGAUUGUUUACAUUCAGCUCUUACGAGUACCGAACGAACGCCAAGUAAUCACUUUUCCUAGGACACGUAAGCCAUAAAUUUUCAUUAGUAUCUCUCUUCAACUAAUGAAACUACCAAACAGUAUAAUAACCAUUCAUUUCUAUUCUUUAUUCUAUCUUUACCUAAUGGAGAUACCCGAGUUACUGACAGCUAUAAUGAAACAUAAACGUAACGUAAUAUUAAAACAGGAGAAGAAUUCUAAAAAAUACGUAUGAUAGCAGUCUGAUUUAUUUUAUAUUUUAUGAUAUCUAAUUCACAAUUUUUUAAUUAAAUGUAUUGCAUGUACUCAUUUCAAAUAAUUAUUAAGUAACCAUUAACUAUAAUAAACAAACAAAACAAAAAGCUUCCAAACUAAUUUUUACAUCCAGCACUUACGAGUAUCGAACGAUCGCCAAGCAAUCACUUUUCCUAGUACAUACACAGUAAGCCAUAAAUUUUCAUUAUCUCUCUUCAACUACUGAAACUACCAAACAGUAUAAUAACCAUUCAUUUCUAUUCUUUAUUCUAUCUUUACCUAAUUUUUUUUUUUAUUAAAUGUAUUGCAUGAAUAAGUUUUUCAAUUUACAGCAUCCUUUUACCAAUAGAAUACUUAAAGCACAAGGGGUAGAUGCUGACCAAUAGGAGAGCAGGAUCUUAUGGGGUGACUAGCAUCAGGAACCAAUGGGAGAGCGGGAGGAUGGUGGCGAGUUUACUCAGUUGGCGGCGCGGGAGUUUUAAAAUUAUUCUCGGUGGUCCGGGCGAAUCUCAGGACUUUACAGCAACAACCUUUCGUAUCUUGAAAACUUUUCGUAUGUAGAGCUGUAAAAUUUUUCGUAUUUGCUUUCGUAUCUCAAGUUUUUCAUAAGUUGAGCCUUUCAUAUGUCGAGGUACCACUGUACGUAUAACCUCAUGACACAAGUAUAACUCGAUAAAUGUGGAAUGUUCCAUUAAAAAGACUGAAUCUCAAUGUCUUUGGAAAAUAAAUACAAAUGGAAUGGAAUAUGGUUUAAGCAAAAGGUCAAGCACUGGGACCAGUGAGGUCAUUCAGCCCUGAUUGGAAAAUAGUAAAUUCUCAGUCAGUCAGCCUUUUGUAAGUCUUGUUUUACCCAGAUCCUGGAUUGCUUUGUAUACUGUCUGUGAAGUUACUAUUCAUGUUAGUACUUAUUCUGAUGUCAUUUUAAGGAAAAAUAACUUUACUUCCUUGUUUGUUUGUUUGUUUGUGUGGUGUUUUUACAUUGCAUGGAACCAGUGGUUAUUCAGCAACAGGACCAAUGGCUUUACAUGACUUCCGAACCACGUCGAGAGUGAACUUCUAUCACCAGAAAUACACAUCUCUCACUCCUCAAUGGAAUGGCCAAGAUUCGAACUCGCGACCACCAAGGUAGGAUGCCAACACCAUACCAACCACGCCACUGAGGCGCUCCCUUUACUUCAUUGUGAUGUUUUCAUUAAAGAAAAAAUCAAGGUGCAAAUUGCAAUACAAAAAGUUAAAAUAUGCCAAAAUAAUAUAUAAACAUGUCAUAACUGAAUUAGCAAUAGUAUCUUGAUGAUGCAGUUUCAUAUCAUAAUCACUAAUCUGUAGGGUUAAAGGUACUAAAAUAUACUGUAACUAGACAUCUGAUUGUACACAUUUAACAUAGUCGGAGAAUAAUCCAACUGUCUCAAAAAUCAUUGCUCCUAAAUAUACAAUAUUUUAUGAAAUUUCUAGAGAAAAUCGAGUAGAAUUUGUCCUGGACUUUGUCCUGGACAUCUGAGGGAAUUGACAGAAUUUUACUCAUUUUUGUAAGAACUGUUUCAGAUUAGUCUCUGAAAUUUUAUUUAGCUCAGUAGAGGAGUGAAUGUCCUUAGUGGAGAUGCCCCAAGACUUUGAGAGGAUAUGUGAUUGGCAUUGUUAGGCAAGUGAAAUAAUGUUUAAAAUUUCUAUAAUUGGAGAUGUAUGUAAAGUAUUAGGAUUUUGGAGGAUGGAUGGAUUAUGAAAUUUAGGGAGUUGGUCAUAUGCACGUGAUUUCACUACCUUGUAGGUGUAGAUCUGUGUUGUAAUUAUUUAGGGCCAUACUUAUUAGGGUCAAAUAAUCUGGGACCAUUGGUUAACUUCCUGCCAUAUUUACGAAAGAUCUGGUGAAAAUCAUUGAUUGAAAAUAAGCAUAAUAAAGAUAAAGAGACAAAACCAACAACCUUAAUUAGUGAUUGUGAAAAUUAUUGAUAAAAACAAUUGCAAUGGAGUUUGGUUGGUUAAGCAACAUUUUCGAAGUACCUAAUAAUUUUUACUAUAAUGCAGCUAAAAUUGUAAAACUGGUAGAAAAUACUGAGUGAACAUAACCUAUGAAUCAUGAGCCGGUUCUUGUUAACAUUUUCUGUAUAGAAUACAAAACCGUCCAUAUUUCUGAGGGGUUUUUAAUAAUUUAUUCAAGAUAGAUAUAUUGCAUGCGUCUCUUACUCAGUUUUAAUUCCACAUAGUACUAGAAAUUUUAAUCUGAAAGAAUUUUGUUCUUGUGAGGCAUUUAUUAUGAAUGACAGGUUAAGUUGUUUUGUAAAGUACUAUGUAUUUAUAGGUUAUAUUUUUUACAGAUGGAAUUGCAGAGCUUAAUUAUACUUAUUUAAGGAUCGCCUUAAAUAAGUAUAAUUUAAGGCUUCCUUAAUAAUAACUCAUACAAGGUCUGAUUUAACUUCUGAAACAAUGUUGGGUUCCAACUUUGAGUUCAGUAGAUGAUACUAUUUUCAACAUACAAUCUAGUGAUAUAGUCUAAAGAAUAAUAAGUAUAAUGUGCUGUAAUAGUACUGUAUACAAUAAUGUGCACUUGUUUUUAUUAACAACUUAUUUUUGGCUUCAUUUUUUUCAGUCAACUCAUUUGCACUUCUCAGGAAUAUAACUGUUUGCGAGUAGAGUUUCAUGUACUACUGUGCCUUUAAUAAUGACUGCACCAUACUUGAUGUUUAAUGCUAUGCAUUUAUACUGUGUAUUCGAAUGUGAAUUUUAUCUUAAACUGAUAAAAACCUGCCAUGUUAAAUCUUCAUACCUGCAGUGUUUUGAUGAUGCAUUUCAAAUUUUGAUCAUAAAACUUGUAUUCCCUACAGAACGUAAUUUACCUGUGAAAAUUAUUGGCAAACUUGAAGAAUAUGAAAUGAAAUAUGUUGUCAAUUACACAUAUACUGUACUCUACAAGGUACUACUACAUAUACUGUUUCUGAUUGUAAAAAGAAUCCUGGGGUCAAAAGGGUUUACUUAAAUGUAAUUUGAUCAUGAAUACUUCAAGAAAAAUUUAAUGUAUAUGCCUGAUUUGCUCCAAAAGUGUAUUUAAUUAGACUGCAAGGAGCCAGAAGCAUUUCUUUAUAUUCUCUAGUCUCUACCUGCCCAUAAAGUUAUUUGUAGCUGGCAAGAUGGUGAGCACUUAUUAAGAAUUAUGCAAAUUCCUCAGUUGUGGAGUAUUCUAUCUCAAGACUGCAGCAGUUAAAUUAGCCUAUCUCUCUGAUUAACAAAUUAUACUGUAGUAUGUUAUUAUUUAUAGCUCAUCGGUCACAUGUAUAUAAUUACCUAUAUGGGGCAAAAAUAAUUUAAAAAGCUCUUUGAUUUUUUAUGGGAUACAGAUUGCAUAUUACAAAGGACAUUACUGCCAAUUCUCUGACCCCUUCUUUAGUUUUGAGGUUUAAGUUUAUCAUUAUCACUGUCUCUCCACAAUACUGCUGUUUUAGCUUAAUUCUUGUGCUUUUGUGUAAUCCUGGAGUAUUACUGCUGACCCUGACACAGCAGUCAUACUGGUGUUUUGAUAGUUUGUGCAUCUAUAUGAAUUAUGUUUUGGUUACUUGUAAAUGAGGUCUGAUUAAAGGAAGUACAAAUACAGUAUAUAUUGUUUUGAUAAUUGAUGUAUAUACAAUUGUACUUUGAAGUUGGUUAAAAAUUGGUUAACUUAUAACCUCAUGGGGGAUAUCAUAAUGUCCUAGAUGGAGGAAAAAAAAAGGGGAGGGGGCAUCUUCAUUACUUUACUUUCAGUAGUUUCAUUUCCAUUUACAAAAUUUGCUUAAAAAUAACAUAAAAGCAGUAAUGUUCAGUAUUAAAUUACAAUUUUCAAGUUUACCAUAGUAAAUUUGUAAUGUAAUUACAAGUUAUAUUUAAUGAGAAUGUAAAAUAUAUUUCAAUGCCUAAAAUACAUCAAGGUUCAGUGCAUGGUUUUUAUGCGAGCUGAAUAAUUUUUAAAAUUUUGAAUACAACAUAGUAUGUAUGCUAUUAUGUACUCAUAAUAAUGUUAAAAACUUUAGCUCAGUAGUCUGGUUAAACUUAUUUUUUAUAACUGUAAUAAUUAAGUACAUCCUAACAUUGCAUGGUUCUUGCACAAUUUAUUUAUUUUACUUUCAAUUUCCAAAGUUAAUAGUUUAAUUGAUUUUUUGCUUAAAUUAAUUUAACGUACGUGAUAAAUACUUUUACUAUUAGUAUCCCAUAUCAGCAUUAAUCAGGUAAAUAUAAAUUAAAAGACCUUUCUGUGUUGUCUUUUCAGGAGGCACAGGAAAACUCAAUCUCCAAAGAACAUUAGGGAGUUAAUUGCAUUUCUUCUAUGUAUCUCUCAUUAUAAUUGUAACAAAACUUUGUUUGCAAACAAGGAAAUUGCAUUUCUUCUAUGUAUCUCUCAUUAUAAUUGUAACAAAACUUUGUUUGCAAACAAGGAAAGUACUGAUUGAUCUUUUCUUUUCCAUUACACUCAUCAGUUAAUCUUAUAAAAUGUCAAGAAUGGGGGGAUUACUUUUUGCUACCUGUCCAAAAUCUUUGAGGUGUCUAUCAGGAGUUAUUCUACUUUACUGGUAGUUAGAAGGGUUAGAUAUUCUUGUAAAACAGGCAGGAGAGGCUGUUCUGUUCCAUGUGAAAGACUUUGAGGAAACCUAGUUGUUAAGGUGAAAAACUAGUAUUAUCUCAGUGGCUUUAAUGAGGGACCGAGUCUGACUGCUGUAGUAUCCUUCCACCUAUCAACCAUAAGAGAAUCGCCACCCAUGGCCAGCAGUGCCAGAACCUUUUCCUCCAAACAAAAGGAGGCUAACCAAUUAGCGAAAUGGAUAAAAAUGUUGACUGAUCAGCAGCCAGGAACUAUUUAUCUCAUCAUAAGUUAUCAAUUUAAUGAACUUUCCCUCAAGAAUGACAAGAUGCAUAUUGAACUUCAAAUGUUGGGUACCGGUGCAUAAAAACAUAAAAUGCUCUCUUUAAAUGUCCUUUGGAGGUCUGAUAGUUCCCCCAACAAAGAAAAUAAACACCCAGAAAAUAGAGCCUAAUAACAUCAAUAAACAUCAAAACAAUGAUGCAGCAUUUUCAGUGAGACAAUUGAAUAAGUUAUUUAAAAUGAUUACUCUCACUUCAGCUGUAAAACAGAUAAGAUUUUAGAGUCAAUAGUCAAAAGAUAAAUAGAUAAGUUUCUAUAAUCAAAAGAUAUUUAUCUAUUUUGUACAGGCAGCCCCCAGUUACCGUUGGUAUCAGUUGCUGGCAUUUCAGUUUUAUGGCGCUUGUUCAAAACAACCAUAAGUGGGUUUUAUCCCCCGUAGGGUUUAUAGCACCAUUGUCUGAUUAUUGGUGGUUUAGGCUUAGUGCUGAGACCACCUCAUAAAAUACAAACAUAAUGAAUAUGCAUCUUUUCCUUGGCUCUUUUUAAAAGUUAUCCUUCCCUUCCCUGUAUCCAGUAAUACUGUAUGUAGUCUUAUAUGUAUUACUAUUUUAUUAUAAAAUAGUACAAACAAAAUGAUCAUGUUUGGGUUUGGAAAAAUCUGCAGAGCAUAGGUAAGAUUAUUUUGCCACAAUUAACUCUAUUCAGAGUGAUUUUCUUGUUCUAUUCAGCAUAAAUUAAUCUCUAGAAACUCAAUUUGUAUGGGACAAGGUUAUUUUUUGUUAUAGGAAGUGUUUUUAUGUUGAAAUAUGACAAAUAUACAUCUUUUUGUGAACUACAUUUAUAUAGUGGUCUCCCCGUAUUCGCGGGGGAUGCGUACCAGACCCCCGUGAUUAGUUAGAACCCGCAUAUAGUUGGAACCCCUAUAAAAAAUGCUUAAAACCUCCCAUUUUGUUAGUUGAGUAAAAGUAAAGAAAAACCCACUGCAAAUUUUAAUACCUGGUAUUUUUAAUAGUUUUAUCACAAAAAAUGCAU